AUAAUAUUUAUCGAUUUCAGAAAUAAAAAUGUCCGAUCAUAGUAUAACUCGGUUCUCAGAUCGAGCAGACAAAGCUGAGAAGGAAAUCCAGGAGCUCACCAGGAUAUUUGGGAACCUGGAGAAAAGUAGACCCGAACCCAACCUUGCUGCUCUUCUAGAGGAGAAUAGAGUUCUCAAAGAAAGACUCAGUGCCCUAGAAUCUAAAACUGACGGUUCAGAAGUCCCAAAUGCUGGUUCAGGAGAAGGAGAUGAGGAUGAGGUGAACCCCUGGGACGUAAAGGCCAGCUCUGACAAGGGAAUAGACUACCAGAAGCUGAUUGUCAAGUUUGGUAGUUCUCCAAUAGACUCAGAUCUCCUAGCUAGGUUUGAAACCUUGAUCAAGAAACCUGCUCAUCAUCUGCUCCGGAGAGGGAUGUUUUUCUCCCACAGAGAUUUCAACACAAUCCUGGACGAGUUUGAGAAGGGGAACAAGUUCUUCCUGUAUACAGGACGAGGACCAAGCAGUGAAGCGAUGCAUCUCGGUCAUCUUAUUCCUUUCAUGUUCACAAAAUGGCUCCAGGACGUAUUCGAUGUCCCACUUGUAAUACAGUUGACGGACGACGAGAAGUUUCUCUGGAAGGAUUUAAAGAUGGACGAAUGCCAGAGGUUGGGUUGGGAAAACCUCAAGGAUAUAAUUGCUCUGGGUUUCGAUCCAAAUAAAACCUUUAUCUUCUCUGAUCUUACCUUCAUGGGUCAGUGUCCUAGCUUCUAUCAAAACAUUAUCAAGAUACAGAAGUGCGUCACAUACAACCAAGUUAAAGGUAUAGAUAUUUCAGGGUUCCCAUUUGGUUUAAAUUUGCAGAUGCAUCCGUCCAGUAUCCUAGAUAUAUCCUUCCAGUAUCUUAGGUUUUUCUUGGAAGAUGACAUUAAGUUGGAAAAGAUCCGAAAGGACUACAGUAGCGGAGAGCUCCUCAGUGGGUUCCUAAAGAAGGAGCUCAUUGAUCUCCUCACCCCUAUGGUUCUUGGGCACCAGGAGCGUAGGAAAGCAGUCUCUGAUGAUGUAAUCCGCGAGUUCAUCAAGCCUAGACCGCUGAAAUUCUAAAUUUGUAUUUUUUUCCUUUUUUCUUGAAAAUUUUGUAGCAAAUACACACUUAAAACUUU